ACAUCUCGACGUUUACCAUGGCACUGAUGGCCUUAAACAGGUAUUACAAGAUAGUGAAGCCAGCGAAAUACCAAACUCUUUUUACAAAGAAGUUCAUCAUCUCAUCAGCUUCGGCGGUGUGGGCCGUAGUCAUUGUUAAUGCUGUUGUUUCUAUAUUUGCAUUCGGUUUUCCCUCCUAUGUGCACCCAGCUUUUGCAGUUCCUGUGAUAUGGUUUCCAAUGCCAAUAUCACGACCGAUCUUAGUAUUUAACUCGUAUUUGCCGUAUCCUGUUAUCAUUUUCUGUUACUGGAAAAUACACAGGGCCGUCAAGAUGCACAAUGCAAAUGUUUCGUGGCAGAGUGCAAAUGUAGAAGAUGUACGAGUCAGCAAAGUCCUUUCUGUCACCGUUGCCGCCUUUCUCAGCCUGUGGUUGCCGGCUCAAACUCUGACUGUUGUUUCUUUUCGUGUAACGAUACCACGCCAGCUCGCACUUUUCACGACUCUUCUGAUUUUCUCAUCCAGCUUCAUAAAUCCUUUCAUAUAUGGUUUUAUGAACAGCGCGUUUAGGGACGAAUUCAAAAAAUGCUUUGUCCUGUGGAAGAAGCAGUCAGUAGGUACAGAAUCCUGUCAGAGAGAAGCAGCUCCAGUUUAAAGUGCGCUUUAAAGAAAGUUCCAGUUUUAAAUCACGCCAUAAAACUGAUACCUCACUUUUGUAAAACAUG